ACUCAGUAACGAAAUAAAAUGUUCAAACGCGUCACGGCUUAAAAUUCAGGUAGAGAGUCGCGCUCCGCUUGCUUGGAUGUUAUAAAAGCGGCUGCCAGCUCUUUCAAACUGGCCUUAAACGGGUGGUUUUCCCCCCAGCAGCUCCAAUCGGUCGCCCUCUUUUACUGUCUGAUCCGAUCGUGCUGUUGUGGGACAAUCAUGCACUCUCUUUUCUUUCUUCUGUUGUAUUGAGUCAGGUUUAUGGUAAUGAGAAGCCCACAAGGCACGGGAGUAGUAGGAGCCAUUUUGUACAAGUCAUUCAAAACAGCGGAGGAGUGCAAAGCAUAAGCGAGUGAAUCAAACUCUUCUGGGCAACAGCGAAAGCAUGGAUUUAACCCACCAAAAGAGACGGAGUCGAAGGAAAGUUUGAGGGACGGACACGAUAAAUAUACGGCAAGCGAAGGAGACAUGAGGGAACUGUGUUCAGCGGAGAUGAUCUUCACUAAGGGGUACGUACUGCUUGUUGUUACCGGGCUACUGAAACUCGUUGCUUUGUCGGAAAGCUACAACGUGCACAUCGGCGAGGAUGUGCAACCUGGAACCAUAAUUGCAAUUACAAAGCUGAGUAGGAAUUGCACCCUGGACCAAGUAAUUUCCCCUAAAUUUACGCGGACCUUCUUACGGAUCGAUGGGGUGGCAGGCACCGUGUUGGUUUCGGAGGCACUAGAUUGCAGCGGUAUCCCAUCUAACCCUUUUACAAUUUACACUACCGUGGACUGCACAGACGCAUCUAUCCCUGGAUUCAGGCACCUGAUAACCAGCCGCUACGACGUGCACGUACACGGCACCGAUUGUCGCAGUAAGCGUGGGAAAAAGGCGCAGCGCGAUGUAGAUAUAAUCAGCCUACUGGAUGCCCACAAUCAUCAGCCUAGGUGCUACGAAUCUGGAAUUCCGCUGUUUCGAAUAUGGGAUCUCCUGCCCACCUCCAAGGUUCGCGCCGGUUUCCAAUGCCGCAAAGUCGGCGUUCCCGAAUUGCACUUCUCGGCACAGAGGUUAGUGGCUUCUAAGCGGUUCUGCUUGAAACUUGGAAAACUGCGUGAGAUGGAUUUGCGUUGCCGGAGCUGUUCAUCCACGGGGUUGUGCCUUAGCAUGGAGGAACUGAGCGGAGCUGUUCAGGGAGAACCAGUGUCUGUGCACUGGCGAAUAGGUAUUGGGUCAUUUGGGCAGGACCACUUAAAGAGAGUCCUUCAGAAGGCUGCACAUUCAACUGCAGGCAUAGCAAACCGCAGGAAAAGGAAUGUUAACACAAGCCCCCAGUUCCAGCCGCCCAUGUACCAGGUAUCUGUACCGGAGAACAGGCCGAAUGGGACACCUGUUGUGGUGCUGAAAGCUGUAGAUAUUGAUGAGGGGGAAGCUGGUAGGCUGGAGUAUUUUAUCGAUGCACUAUUCGAUAGCCGCUCCAACAGUUUGUUUGCAGUGGAUUCUGUCACUGGUGCUGUGACCACGGCUGAAGAGCUGGACCGAGAGACAAAGUCGACGCACGUGUUCCGGGUGACAGCAGUGGACCACGGCACUCCACGGCGCACAGCCAUGGCGACCCUCACAGUCACUGUGAGCGACACAAAUGACCAUGACCCUGUUUUCGAGCAGCAGGAUUACAAGGAGAGUGUGCGGGAAAACCUGGAGGUGGGGUAUGAGGUCCUUACAGUGCGGGCAACUGAUGGAGAUGCCCCAGCCAACGCCAACAUCCUUUACAAUAUCCUCAAUAGCAAUAGCUCCAACAGUGUGUUUGAGAUCGACCCCAGGUCUGGGGUGAUUCGUACUAAGGGACCAGUAGAUCGGGAGGAGAUAGACUCCUAUAUGUUGUUGGUGGAGGCCAACGACCAGGGUCGCGACCCAGGGCCACGUAGCUCCACAGCUACCGUCUACAUCUCAGUGGAAGAUGACAAUGACAACGCCCCACAGUUUAGCAAGAAGCGCUACGUAGUGCAGGUGCCUGAGAACACGCCCCCCAACUCCCACAUCCUACAGGUGACCGCCACAGACCGAGACCGCGGCAACAAUGCGGUGGUGCACUUCAGCAUCAUGAGUGGAAACACCCGGGGCCAGUUCUACAUUGAUGCACAGACCGGUAAGAUGGACUUAGUCAGCCAGCUGGACUACGAGGCAAACAAGGAGUACACGCUUCGCAUCCGGGCGCAGGAUGGCGGCCGACCACCCCUCUCGAACAUUAGUGGCCUUGUUACUGUGCAGGUGCUGGAUGUCAACGAUAAUGCUCCUAUUUUCGUCAGCACCCCCUUUCAAGCUACUGUCCUAGAAAAUGUGCCUCUAGGCUAUUCUGUCAUCCACAUCCAGGCCAUUGAUGCUGACUCGGGAGAGAACUCAAGGUUGGAAUACCGGCUUAUUGAGACAGCACCUGGUUUCCCAUUCUCCAUCAACAACAAUACUGGCUGGAUCGUGGUGGCAGCUGAGCUUGAUCGAGAAACCGUUGACUUCUAUAACUUUGGCGUAGAGGCUUGUGAUCAUGGCUCCCCCCCCAUGACCUCUACUGCGAGUGUGAGCAUGACCAUUCUAGAUGUGAACGACAACAACCCUGAGUUUACUCAAAAGUUCUACUACAUGCGGCUGAAUGAAGACGCAGCAGUGGGAACUAGUGUAGUCACAGUGUCAGCGGUAGACAGGGACAUCAACAGUGUGGUAACAUAUCAAAUCUCCAGUGGCAACACACGCAAUCGCUUCUCCAUCACCAGCCAGAGUGGUGGUGGCCUAAUCACUCUGGCACUACCUCUGGAUUAUAAACUGGAGCGGCAGUACGUCCUAGUGGUUACAGCCUCUGAUGGCACGCGCCUUGACACUGCCCAGGUGUUUGUCAAUGUCACCGAUGCCAAUACACAUCGGCCUGUAUUCCAGAGCUCCCAUUACACUGUCAACAUCAACGAGGACCGACCUAUUGGUACCACAGUUGUGGUCAUCAGCGCCACAGAUGAGGACACAGGCGAAAACUCCCGCAUCACUUACUAUAUGGAGGACAGCAUCCCACAGUUUGACAUUGAUCCUGACACUGGCGCUGUCACGACAAAGAUGGAUUUGGACUAUGAGGAUCAGGUCUCCUAUACACUUGCCAUCACAGCUCGCGAUAAUGGUAUUCCGCAAAAGUCGGAUACGACAUACCUGGAGAUUUUGGUCAAUGAUGUGAAUGACAAUGCUCCUCGGUUUCUUAGAGACCACUACCAGGGAUCGGUGAUGGAAGACGUUCCUGCCUUCACCAGUGUGGUGCAGGUCUCUGCCACAGAUCAGGACUCUGGGCUGAAUGGGCGCAUCUUCUAUACUUUUCAAGGUGGGGAAGAUGGUGACGGUGACUUCAUCAUCGAGUCGACAUCAGGGAUUGUACGUACUCUGCGUCGGUUGGAUCGUGAGAAUGUGCCAGCAUAUAACCUUCGUGCCUUUGCAGUGGACAAAGGUCUCCCUGCACUGAAAACGGUCGUGGACAUUCAGGUGAGUGUCCUGGAUGUCAAUGACAACCCACCAGUGUUUGAGAAGGAUGAUUUUGAUAUUUUUGUGGAGGAAAACAGUCCCAUUGGCUUAGUGGUUGCACGGAUAACGGCCUCUGAUCCAGAUGAGGGGAGUAAUGCCCAGAUCAUGUAUCAGAUUGUAGAGGGCAACAUCCCAGAGGUCUUUCAACUAGAUAUCUUCUCUGGAGAGCUGACAGCCCUGACGGAUUUAGACUAUGAGACUCGCUCUGAGUACAUCAUUGUGGUGCAGGCCACCUCUGCUCCUCUUGUGAGUCGUGCCACAGUACGUGUCAAGCUGAUCGACAAGAAUGACAAUCUGCCAGUGCUCAAGAACUUUCAAAUAGUCUUCAACAACUAUGUUACCAACAAGUCCAGCAGCUUUCCAACUGGGGUAAUUGGACGGAUUCCAGCGCAUGACCCAGAUGUUUCAGACCUGCUGCAAUACCAUUUUGAAGUAGGAAAUGAGCUGAAUUUGGUGAUCCUCAACCAGAGUACAGGUGAGAUUCAGCUCAGCAGCGCAUUGGACAACAACCGUCCCCUGGAGGCCACCAUGAGAAUCUCUGUGUCAGAUGGUGUACACACAGUGUCUGCCCAGUGUCUCCUCCAGGUGACCAUCAUCACAGACCAGAUGCUGUCCAACAGUAUCACACUGCGGCUAGCCAACAUGUCCCAGGAGGACUUCCUGUCUCCACUCCUUGGGGACUUCUUGGAGGGCGUGGCCCGGGUGCUGUCUGCCACCCGCGAGGACGUGGUGGUCUUCAACAUCCAGGAUGACACGGACGUCAACACGCGCAUCCUCAAUGUCAGCUUGUCGGUGGCGAUGCCAGGGGCCGGGCCCUCCCGGGGCCGAUUCUUCGGCUCCGAGGAGCUCCAGGAGCGACUGUACCUCAACCGCAGCCUGCUGGCACACGUCUCCGCGCUGCGCGUGCUGCCCUUCGAUGACAACAUCUGCCUGCGCGAGCCCUGCGAGAACUACAUGAAGUGCGUGUCAGUGCUGCGCUUUGACAGCCUGGCACCCUUCAUCGCCUCUGACACCAUCCUCUUCCGCCCCAUCCAUCCCAUCGCCGGGCUCCGCUGCCGCUGCCCACGUGGCUUUACAGGCGACUACUGCGAGACGGAGAUUGACCUGUGCUACUCGCGACCCUGUGGGCCCCAUGGUGUGUGCCGCCCUCGUGAAGGCGGCUUCUCCUGCGAGUGCCUGGAGGAUUACACUGGUGAAAGAUGCGAGCUCUCGACGCGCUCGGACCGUUGUGUCCCCGGGGUGUGCAAGAACGGGGGAACGUGCGUCAACCUGCUGGUGGGCGGCUUCAAGUGCGAGUGCCCCCCAGGGAGCUACGAGAAGCCCUACUGCCAGAUGAACACUCGCAGCUUCCCACCAAAUUCCUUCCUCACCUUCAGGGGACUCCGACAGCGGUUCCACUUCACUCUCUCCCUCACGUUCGCCACCAAGGAGCGCAAUGGCCUUCUGUUCUACAACGGACGCUUCAACGAGAAGCACGAUUUCAUCGCCAUGGAGGUCACCAACGAGCAAAUCCAGUUGACCUUCUCCGCAGGAGAGACAAAGACCACAGUGUCACCCUUCAUCAUGGGUGGUGUGAGUGAUGGCCAGUGGCAUGUGGUCCAGGUUCACUACUAUAACCAGCCCACCCUGAGUCAGGCUGGUCUACCCCAGGGCCCCUCCGACCAGAAGGUUGCCGUGGUAACCGUGGAUGAGUGUGACACCUCCGUGGCACUGAAGUUUGGUCACAUGCUUGGCAACUACUCCUGCUCUGCCCAGGGGAGCCAAUCAGGAUCCAAAAAGUCACUGGAUCUGACGGGGCCGCUGCUUCUGGGCGGCGUGCCCAACUUGCCAGAGGACUUCCCGGUACGGAACCGCCAGUUUGUGGGCUGCAUGAAGAACCUGCGCAUUGACCACCAGCAGGUGGACAUGGAGGACCACAUUGCAAACAACGGCACUAUGCCAGGAUGCUUUGCAAAGAAGCACUUUUGCAACAACAACCCCUGUCAAAAUGGAGGAACCUGUGUAAACCGAUGGGGCUCCUACAGCUGUGACUGCCCCCUAGGUUUUGGAGGCCGGAACUGUGAGAAAGUUACGAUGAGUCCGCAGCAUUUUCAAGGCAACAGUUUCAUCCACUGGAGCAACCUGGAAAUGGCUGUUAUGGUGCCCUGGUAUAUCGAGAUCAUGUUCCGCACGCGGCAAGCCAGCGCUAUGCUGCUCCAUGUGGUGGGAGGAUCUCAUCACAGCAUCACUAUUCAGCUCCAGGACGGCGGGCUGCUCCUGUCGCUGCAGUUUGACGAGGACGACACCAGCCUGCUGCAUAUGGAUGAGCUCAAAGUCAACGACGGAGACUGGCAUCAGCUGCAGCUGGAGCUGAGGGGGGAGGGCCGGUCGGGGCCCCCCAUGGCUCUGCUCACCCUGGAUUAUGGCCUGCACAUGACCAGCACAGAGCUAAGCGGGAAGCUGGAUGGACUGAUUCUGCAGGCUCUGAGUGUGGGCGGAAUCCCCCGGGAGACGGGCUCGGUGCUCCAGGGGUUCCGGGGAUGCGUGCAGGGCGUGCAGGUCGGCAAGGCCUCGGCCGGCACCGUAUCCCUCUCUAUGACGCAGGCCGAGAGCCGCAACGUGGAGCCUGGCUGCAGCCUCCCAGACCCAUGCGACUCGAGCCCCUGCCCUUCUAGCAGCUACUGCAGUGACGACUGGGACAGUUACUCCUGCAGCUGUGACCCAGGUUACUAUGGAGACAGCUGCACAGACGUCUGCUCUCUGAACCCCUGCGAGCACCAGUCGUCCUGUACAAGGAAGCCCAGCUCGUCCCACGGCUACACCUGCGACUGCCCCGCCAGCUAUUUCGGCCAGUACUGCGAGAAGAGGAUCGACCAGCCGUGCCCACGGGGCUGGUGGGGACACAAGACUUGCGGCCCGUGCUCCUGCCAGACUGAGAAGGGCUUCGACGCCGACUGCAACAAGACCACAGGGGAAUGUCGCUGCAAGGACAACCACUACCGGCCCACGGGCAGCGAGGCCUGCCUGCCAUGUGACUGUUACCCCGUCGGCUCCUUCUUGCGGGCCUGUGAACCCGAGUCCGGCCUGUGUCCCUGCAAGCCGGGCGUCAUCGGCCGCCAGUGUGACCGCUGCGACAACCCCUUCGCCGAGGUCUCCCCCAAUGGCUGCGAGGUGAUCUACGACAGCUGCCCCCGCGCCAUCGAAGCCGGUAUCUGGUGGCCACGGACCAGGUUUGGUCUGCCUGCCGCUGUAGCCUGUCCCAAGGGUUCCAUCGGCACCGCCAUACGCCACUGUGACGAGCACAAGGGCUGGCUGUCCCCCAACCUCUUCAACUGCACGUCUCUCACCUUCGCCAGCCUCAAGACCAUGGCUGACGAGAUGGCAGCGAACAUAUCCGGCCUGAACCCGGGGCGGGUGAUGCAGGCGGCAGCCAUGCUGAAUAAUGCCAGCCAGCACACGCAGGCCUACUAUGGGAGCGACGUGCGGGUGGCCUACCGCCUGCUGCAGAGCGUGCUCCAGCACGAGAGCCAACAGCACGGCUUCGGCCUUGCCGCCACUCAGGACGUGCACUUCACCGAGAACCUGCUGCGGGCAGGUAGCGCCAUCCUGGCCCCGGAAACCCGGCCGCACUGGGAUCUGAUCCAGCAGACGGAGGGUGGCUCCGCACUACUGUUACAUCGCUAUGAGACUUACGCCAACGCGCUGGCCCAGAACAUGCGGAAGACCUACCUCAGCCCAUUCACCUUCGCCACGCCCAACAUCGUCGUCUCAGUGGACCGACUGGACAGGAUGACCCUGGCGGGGGCCAGGCUGCCACGCUACGAAGCCCUGCGGGGACCGCGACCUGCCGACCUGGAGACUUCCGUCACCCUCCCCGAGCCGUCGAGUGCAGGGCAACCUGGAAACCACACUUCCUCUCGGGGGCGCCGUCACCCCGCCGAGGGCAGGCGGGAGGCCUUCGCCAGCGUCAUCAUCUACCACAGCUUGGCUGCUCUGCUGCCUCAGCACUAUGACCCUGAUAAGAGAAGCCUCAGGGUGCCCAAGCGACCAGUCAUCAACACGCCGGUAGUCAGCAUCUCAGUGCACGAUGAGGAGGAGCCACCCCUGCAAAAGCUGGAGAGACCUGUGACCGUGCAGUUCCGCCUCGUGCAGACAGAGGAGCGCACCAAACCCAUCUGUGUCUUCUGGAACCACUCCAUCCCGGUUGGGGGCUCAGGUGGAUGGUCGACAAAGGGCUGUGAGGUUGUGUUCCGCAAUUACACUCACAUCAGCUGUCAGUGCAGUCACAUGACCAGCUUCGCCGUUUUGAUGGAUGUAUCUCGGCGGGAGAACGGGGAGAUCCUGCCCCUGAAGGUGAUCACAUGGAGUACUGUGGGGGUGUCCCUGGGCUUCCUCAUCCUCACCAUGGUCUUCCUCGUCUGCACGAACACCGCGCAAUGCAACAGGACCAGCAUCAUCAGCAACGGCGCCUUUGCCCUCUUCCUCUCUGAGCUGGUGUUCAUCCUCGGCAUCAGUCAGGCCGACAACCUGUUCCUGUGCACUGUCAUUGCCAUCCUGCUGCACUUCCUCUACAUGUGCACCUUUGCAUGGCUCCUGCUGGAGGCACUGCACUCCUACCGCAUGCUCAGUGAGGUGCGCGACAUUAACUAUGGCCCCAUGCGCUUCUACUACAUGAUUGGCUGGGGUGUGCCCGCUUUCAUUACAGGGCUGGCGGUGGGCCUGGACCCUGAGGGCUACGGGAACCCUGACUUUUGCUGGCUGUCCAUGUAUGACACGCUCAUCUGGAGCUUCGCAGGGCCGGUGGCAGUGGCAGUGUCUAUGAGUGUCUUCCUCUACAUUCUGGCAGCCAAGGCAUCUUGCUCUCGACGACACCAAGGAUUAGAGAAGAAGGCAGGACCAACGUCCAGCCAGCGAACAGCAUGCUGGGUGCUUCUCCUGGUCACAGUCACGUGGCUUUUAGCUGUACUCUCCAUCAACAGUGACACCAUCAUAUUCCACUACUUGUUUGCUGGAUUAAACUGUGUGCAGGGCCCUUCCAUUUUCUUCUUCCGUGUCGUCUUCAACAAGGAGGUGAGGGCCGCCAUCCGCUACUUUUGCUGCCGUAAGAAGAAAGACUCAAUGGCUGGGACCAAGUCCAUGGCUUCGUCCUAUAACUGCGCUAAUAGUUACUCGGACGGCAGAAUGUACCGGCCCCAGUUUGGGGAGUCCAGCAUCUCCCUGAACAGCACGCUGCGUUCGGGGAAGAGCCAGCAGAGUUACAUCCCUUUUGUCCUGAGGGACGACUCUGGGCUACACAACAGUCAGGCGCACAUGGAGCUGAACGAGAACGACUCGCUGUAUCACAAAGUCAAGCAGCCUGGGGAAGACCAGGACUCCGACUCCGACAGUGAUCUCUCUCUGGAGGACGACCAGAGCGGCUCCUAUGCAUCCACUCAUUCCUCGGACAGUGACGACGAAGAGGGUCCUUACCCACCUGAGGCAUGCUGGGAAACCCUGGCAGCAGAGCUUCCUGUUCCUCACAACUCGUACAAAGACAAUAACCUAAGUCAGCCUUACUGGCCAGGUGAAUUCGUUACCACAGCCAGUGAGAGCGAGGGCACAGAGAGGCUGAGAGUGCAGACACUGACCAGUCCAGAGCUCAGCCUGACUCAGGACAAGCGCCCACCGCUGGAAGGUCAGGUUAAAGACAACGGUGCUGUGAUCCUGCCCAGCCUGCCCAAACCCAGCGCACAGCCACACAAAGGAAUUCUGAAGAAGAAGAGCCUCCCCACUCCUAUAGAAAAGAAUGUUAUCAACCAUCUCCACAAUGAGCUGUCGGUCAGUGCCCAGGGACCUGCCUCCUCUAGGGGCUCUUCCGCUAGUGAUGGUCAUGGGGGUGGGUCCAGAGCAAGUCCACAGGAAAAGCUUAACGGGGGGGCUCCUGUCAGUGCCGUUGUCAAGGCACGGACUGCAGAUGAAGACUCCACCGCUUCAGAGUCAUAAAGUGUCCAGCAUCUACAUCGUGCUGGGAUGGAGAGACCAGAAAGGGCUGCUGUGAUGGGAGCUGAAUUGGUUCACGCUCUCCUUCCCUUUGACUGACACAGGUGCCAGAUCCCUUUGCCUCUAGCUGGACCAGGCUGCUCUGUGUGGAUAUAGAGUCUGUGAUUUCUCUUCAUUUGGUUUCUGUUUACAAGAAAGGAUUGAUGCACUUUUUAUUUUCUUCAGUUUAAAUGGAUAUGCUGGGAAUCAACUGGAAUUUUUUUAAUAACGUUGCAAAAACUUUUCAUGAACCUAAACACUGAUUUUUUUGGACUUUUUUGGCUUUUUACCAGUUUUAAACAACAAACUUAAAACUUUCAGGGAUUUUUCUACAAUACCACUGUUUGUGAUGGAUAAGCGUAGUUGUGUUUACUUUUAAAUGGCAUAAGGGCUUGUUUGCUUUCGAAAUACUUUAGCCUGUUAACUGGAUUGUCUUAUACAGCCGUCCAUGAUGCAGGUCACUUUCCAGAGUUCCAUGGGGUCUUUAAAUAUUCCCUGUGGUUCAGAGGGAGGAGUUCCAAGGAAGGGCUUCUAUUGGCUGGAUUUUGUACACCUCUUCCAAGCAGUAGUUGCCUAAUAAAUCUGCUGCUAACUGUGUGGUCACUAAUGAUGUAUCCAAUCCUCUGCAAUGAAAGCAAGCUAGCUAUGCUAAGUCACAGGACUUGACCACAUUAAGUGAGCUUCCCCGGAUCCUGUCGCACAGCAGACACCUGACACUUGUCUGGAUGACUAACCUUAAAACUGGAUGCUAAGACUGAUCUUGAUGCUAACUUUGAUUCCAUGCCUUGGGAACUGGACUACAAAGGCUUGAUUCGUACCCCAAUGAUUCUGGGACCGACUCUACUCAUGCUACCACGGGCAAAGUGAAUAUUCAGGAAGAAUCCUGCUGCUUCCAGUGAUGAACAAAUUUGAUCUGGAAUGGAAAGCCUCUCAAAGUGCAGCCCUUGUUGCAUGAGUUCUUGUUCUGUCAAGCCUUCGUUCAAAUAGACUGCAGAUGACUCUUCCACCACUUUGCCUUCAUAAAAAAAACCUGGGAGACAAUUUUAAAUCAGAACAAAUUGAGACACUAAUUUAUAGACGUUUUUAAUUUCUAAUUGAAAGUGUUUGGCAUGAAGGAUUUUUUAAAAAUUAUUUAACUUGUUGGCAAAACACUACUUUGCAAAAUUGUUAAAUUGUGUAUAACUUUCACAUCACAAAUCUUGGCAAAAUGUAUAUUUUCAUCCGUUUUUAACAAAUACUGUAAAAUUGUUUUGAAAUGUUUAGCAGUUUCUGUUAAUGUAGACUUCACUGGAACGAUCAGCUGCUGCCUUUGACUGCACAUAUCUUCUGUCUCCUUUUGUUUACAGUAAAUACAAAGGCCAUUCAAUACCUCUGCCAUUUAUACAUUCAAUGUUUAUACGAGACAUUUUUAAAUCUUUAUUAACCUGCCAUGUUCCCCCCCCGAAAUUCAUGUAUGAUUAUCCGCUAUAUAAUGUAUGUACAAGCUGGGAGGGGACCUGAAUCAUUUUGUCAAAAGUGAAACCUGGUGAUUUCCUAGUGAAACCUAGUGCACUCCUCCAGUAUCAUCUUGAAUUCGCCCCAGCUUUAUACUUACGGUCAUUUACAGCCGGGGACCGGCGUUUAGCCGCAUCACCCGCUUUUCUCAAGUUCCUUCACCAGCACAGAACUCCCUGAACCUCAAGCACAGGAUGUCUUUUAUAAUUGUUGAAAGGUGAUGUGUAAAGAAAUACUGUAGAUGCCGGCAGAAUUUGGAGUUAUUGCAUUGUUUUUGUAUCGUCACUUUGCUUGAUGUGUUGAAGAACCAGUGAAGGACGAACAGCCAGCUAAUGCAUUUCUGGUUAACGAGACCCGAUGCGGCUGGUACGUCUUCGCAGAAGCACUGCUAGCUACAGUCAGAUCUUGCUGCGAUUGUGUUACUUGACUCUUACUGGCUGUUUUCUUUCAUUGCAAUACCAUUAAUAUAUCAUAGGUAAUAGCCUAUCAUGUACGACAUUCAUGAUAUAUAGAGCCAUUAACGACUGCAUGGAGCUACGAUAUAGGUCUAAUCCCUUAGUGUGCCAAAACGUUACAUAACAAGCAUUUUUAAUUGACAUGAUAAACUACGUCUCGGAUAUAAACCGUACUCAGUUGGUCAUAAGCGAUUUUCAUGCAGUCAUCAUAAAAAUGGGCCUAUUAACUAUGGUGCGACAUUAACAAGUUAAAAAAUAAUAGAAGGGAGCGUUUUCUGGUUCAUCAGCCUGCACAUGAGCUCUUUGCUCACCUGAAAUAGAAACCGUCGUUAUCUCGCCAAACGUCACAGUGACAUAGCGACACCCCUGCAACGUGUCACCACAUGCUUGCAAUUAGGUUCCUGCAAGCUGAUUGGUGACUAAUAUUUUUUUUUUGUUCUGUGCCGGAAAUGAUGAAAAGUAAUACAUUUUCUUCCAUGUUGCAUUUUGCUAGAGUUUUUCCAUGGUAAGUACUUCACUCCAACAUGCUACAUGCCCUGUAGAAAAAGGGGUACCAAACAUACUGGAAAGCAAUAAGAAAAAACUAUCAAAAUUAAAAUGACUAUAACCAGCCCGUUUAUAACAAUUUUGAUUUGCUCAAGAAUGCAUAUAUUAAAUAUAAACAUGUUCUAUAUUCACUGUGGAGAUAAUGAAUUAUUCUUGAACGCUAUACCAACUGCUUGUGUGUAAAUGGUCUGAAACCUCUGAGGCUGGUGGUCACUUGUACCCCCUAAUCUGUACCAAUAGCAAUAUGAACUUGAAGGUUUGGCUGCGACCUUCUGUUCUCUGGAAAUGUGAUUCAUGUACAAAAAAACACAAAACUGACUACAUUAGAUUACCUGCUCAAUAGAGUUUUUAUUUAAAAAAAUUAUAAGGCUUAUGUUUUAAAAUGUAGUAAUUUAAAGGUGAUUUGGUUUAAACCGCAAAAAAACAUAUGGUUUCACUUCAAGUAAUCAGUUUUAAUCGACCAAAGAUGAAAGCAAAAGUUUUUUUUUUUUAAAUAUAUAUUUUUCUAAACUAGGCAAAUCUGUGGUUUAAAUAUGCCAUCACUCUGUAGUUCAUAGGGUUCGUUACUUUGAACUAAUAGGACUUGCAAUGUUUGUUGUCCAACAAAACAGUCUUUAACUCUGCAUCACCUUUCAGGUCCAGUUUUGUUCAUUACUGCAUCAUUUGAGGCUGUGUUUAGGAAAUUUUUGACCCCAGAUGCAACUGUGAAAAUAAAACUGAUUUUGAGACCGGGA